AUGCGGGGCCCCGCGGCGCCGGCCGAGGGCCCGUGGGCGGCGCCGGCGCUGCCGCUGCUCGGGCUGCUGGCGCUCGUGGCGCCCUCGCGGGGCGGCGCGGGCUGCGCGGAGCCGGCGUGCGCCGAGCGCGGCGACCCGGGCAACGGCACGGCGGCCGCGCGCUGCUGCCGGGCGCCGCUGCUCGCCUUCCUGGACGGCGCGGGCUGGCUGGUGCGCAAGCUCUCGGGGCUGCUGGUCCUGCUCGUGCUCUUCGCCAUCGGCUACUUCCUGCAGCGCAUCAUCUGCCCCAGCCCGCGCCGCUUCCCGCGGGGCCCAGCCCGGCCCGGGCCCGCCGCGCCGCCGGGGCGCCCAGAGGCCCCCGACGGGGACGACGACGACGACGACGAGGCGCCGGCCCUGCUGCGGGACGAGGCGGCCGCCGGCUCGCAGGACUCGCUGCUGGACGGCGGGGGCCGCGGGGCCCCGGGGCGCGAGCUGCGCGCCUUGGCGGCCGCCUUCCCGCAACUGCCCAGCUACGAGGAGGUCAGGCACCUGCCCAGCUACGAGGAGUCGCUGAGGCUGCAGCCGCUCGGCCCCGGCCCCGGCCCGGCGGGGCCCGGCGACGGCGAGGGACGCUUCCCGCUCGUCUGA